GAACGCUAAAAAUAGAAUGUAUGUAAAGCAUUACGGAAGUCAAUACUUCUGCUUGCAGUUUAUCGAGUGAUUACCCAAAAUCCGACUGAAAAUGGCAGAAGGAGGCAUCCAAUCAGCCAUGUCACAGACUGAAACUGUUCCAGGACAAAGAAGCCUUCACAGUCGUCACUCUCAGAAUCAUGUCGAACGUGUGUCCUUUGAGAUCUGUACUAUAAUGACCCGGCUGGGGUACAGCGAGGAGAUCAGGCGGUGGAGAGUUGAGAAGUACAAGGAGCAGGAUAGGCUGGUGAAUGCACGAUUUAGUGAUAAAUCUUUCAUCACAGCUGGCAGCAAGGCAGAGGGACUGACAUGCUUUUUCGAAAGCGACAUGGACAUAUUAUACGUGAUGGAGGGUGUCCUCUGUGUGGAAGCUGGUUUCAAUCUUCAUACCAUACCAGGCGACAUUGGUGUGUUUAGAAUGGAUACACGUGUAUAUCCUGGACACUGCAGACUGUUACAAGAGAGACGAGGGCAUACACAUUCAAACAGAAUUCACAAUUGUCUGUGUGAUAAUGGAUAUGGGGACAUUCUACUUAGUAGUAGUUUAUUCCUAGAUGAAUAUUCGGAAUCAUCUGCAGAUUCAUAUAAAGUGUUUCAUGAGCGAGAGGGGCCGUCGACACCAUGGACGGCUGAUGGUGUACUUCAUGUGGACAGAGUACUCGCACUACGCUGUCAAUGCCCCAGCAUCCUCCAAAGAUGGGCUGCAAGACCCCGUCAUUGGCCGUCACCAGACACAGUACAAAAAGUCGUAUCAUUUGGAGCCUUUGUUACUCCGGUGGGUUUUAAGGAAAGUGAAACCAAGCACAUGGAGUGGCGGACUUGUUUGAACACUGGUGAGUCAGAACUGGUAAAUAACCUUAAUGGCACACAAGCGCAAGUGUAUGUUAUGCUUAAAACGAUUCUAAAAGAUGUUCUAAGGCCUUGUAAGAAAGAAGUUACAUCAUACGUAAUUAAAAAUAUAUUACUUUGGCAAGCUGAGAGUAACUCACAGGACGAGUUUGAUACACGUAGUUUUUUCCACUGGCUGCAUGCCGGACUGAGAGAACUUAAGACUGCUAUUGCCACACAACAACUGUCAUAUAACAUGAUUCCGGAAAGAAAUUUAAUGGCAGGCAGUGAUUUGCAGGACCAGCAGAAAAGUCAAUGGCUAACAGAUAUCACGAAUAUGAUGGCGGAAGGACCCCGGGUAAUACUGAGAUUGCCGAAGAUACGCAAGGCCGUCGUCGCGUCCCCAGAGCCGAUGUUGUGGUUCAGCAAGAAAAGGAUGGAGCUGGAAAUGCUGUUCGUGGAGUUUUGGAACAGACGCACGUAUAGUCUCAGUGAGGAUUUAGUGCCUGAUGAGUAUGAUGAUAUCCAGCAUGAGAUAUCGAGACGUAUGAGAAAGCUAAUGGUUGAGGUGGCACAACGGAUGCACGUGGAAGGCUGUGCUGUUUAUGAUCUGUGGGCUAUUCAGAAAAGAAUGUUAAUGUGAUCAUAGAUUUAAGUGCACAAAGAGGUUGCUGGAGGAGUUUAUCAGCGACAUUCAUGUAGAGAUGACAUCGAGUUGGUUGUUUGACUCCGAUAUCAUCCUGCCGCGAUGCCGUGAGAGAGGUCUUUCAAAAAUAUGACACGACACAAAAUAAGGCCGUUACCACUAAUACAUUGAAUUUUAUUUAAAUAAGUAUGCAAUUCAAAGUGAGUGUAAGUUUCCUACAAAAUGUGAAAGCGAUUCUUGCAUCAAAAUUAAAAUAUCGAGUGGGAACGGUU